UCAGUUGCACACAAACACAAACCAAAAUAUUGAAGAAUGCAAAAUUUGUACAUAUUGCAAAUCCAAAUCCGCAUUUCUACUGCACACUUUUAAACAAUUAAAUAUUCACUGAAUUAACUUUGUUUACAUUUGCUGUUCUUAUACAUCUAUUUUGUCCAUCCUUAUCAUCGUCAGAUAUUAAGCAACCAUCUCCAGCACAAUAAUUUAUUCCUGUCUUAUCAUCCCGUAAGUGUCCACUUGGGGGUGGAGGAAUAUGGGCAGGGCUAGCAAGCGGGCCCUCGCCUCCAGGCUUAAUCAGAACAAAAAGACACUAUGUCAGACCAUCAUAGCCCCCUGCUUGGUAUGCGCCACCCCGGCUCGAAAAGGUUUCCACCGUGUGGACAAGGUCCCCUGGGGGACGAAGCAGCAGCUGAUCGACCAGAGCGAACGGGUUAUCUUCUUGUUACACAAACUACUCGAGUUUCCGGAUGAGCGCUGUGCCGAUUUGGUAUCGCGACACGGUCAGCCGGCCGGAUGGGUCAUGUUGUGCCAAACUUGUAACGCCCUGGUCGGAAAGGAGAUCCAAUUGGGGAAAGAAAUAGAGAAACUUCGACAACAAUUUGAGGCGAGUUUGAACCGAAUGAGGAGAGAUCGAGACAAUUACAAGGACGAGUUGAGAAGUCGGAUCGUAGUUGAGGACGAUGACCAGGCGGAUGUCGAAAUGGGUGAAAUCGGUAGGGGGAUUAUUCGCGAUGUUGCUAAAGAAGUUUGGGAUUAUUUGAAAGUUGAAGGCAAGGAUUGGAUUGAUUUUGAUGCAGCGAGAGCAAGAAAAGAAAAGGAUGAGGAAAUAGCUGAGGAAGAAAAGGACGAGGAAGUUGAUUGCGAAUGUAUCAAAAUUGAAGAAGUUGACCUGGAUCAAGAUCAAGAGAAUGAAAAUGUCACCUAUCCCGUUCUCCAGUUUGAAGAAAACGAAGUUCUUGGGGAGGAAAUUUGUCCGGAUGAUGUGGAGGAAUCUCAACUUGAGGGGGACGAUCCCCUUGCAAUGGAAUGCGAUCAUUCUUCUUCUGCUUCGGAUGAAAAUAGCUCAGAAAAAGAACCAGAUCGCAGCAAAGCAGUACAAGAGACAAAGAAGUUUGUCAAAGUUGUUGUUGGGAAUCGUACACUCAAAACGUAUCAACGCGUAAAAUCUGUGCCUUCUACGGACCCAGCGAGUGAGGUUUCAUCCCCCCAAGUAAAGUCUCCACCUGAACCACCCCCACCUGAAGAAAGUGAGCCAUCCUACUUCACCCCACAACUGUACACUCCAUCCUGGACCUGGGAAGACUUGCUCACCUGGCGAACCUCUCUUCUCGACGACGAGAUAAACACAUCCCCCCUACAAAUCCCCCCGCUGGCUUGGCUGGCCAAAAAGUACAAAAUUUCUGCCUUCCCUUGCCCCCGCUGUUCCAGAUUCUUCCACGAAUUCCAACACUGGUUGCGCCACGACUCAGCCUGCUUAAAACGCCGACACAACAAAUGCCCCCACUGCAGCCUCACAUACCAGAACGGCAAAUUCCUGGAAGGGCACAUACGACGAUCCCACAUGGCCAUCGAGUUCUUAACUUGUCCCGGAUGUAAUGUGGUUUUUGAUGAGUUGAAGUCUUUUAAUAACCACGUGGCAAAGGAGAAGACCUGUCGGCAAAAAGCCAUCCGGUGUGGUCAGUGCAAAGGCAAGUAUUUCCAGACGAAAGAGGCUUUUGAACUCCAUCAGACUACGACGCACAGUUCCAACACCUUCGCCUGUGCAGAAUGUCGGCAUACAUUCCCCACCGAGGCUGCUAAGGAUGACCACGUGGCCCUGCGUCACGAGCCGGACAGCAUCCUCGUGUGCGAGAGCAGGGAGCCUGGAGCGAAGAGAUACAUUUGUGACGUGUGUGGGAGGGGGUUGAUUUCGAAAUUUAAGUUGAGUCGCCAUAAAGAAAUUCAUAUUAGGCAGGAGGACGCUCCUCAUUUGUGUCCCGUGUGCGGCAAGAGGUUUCGGCUCAGAGAGUAUUUAAGGAUUCAUAUGUGGUCGCAUGAUCCCGAGAAGAGGGGGCGGUAUAAGGGGAAGGGGAAAGGCGACCCGACGAGGAGGGGGGUUGCCGGCGCGAAAAUUGGCCGGCCGCCGGUGGAGAAGAAGACGCCAGCGGGAGAGGGUGGAAAUGAAUGAGGAAUGUUUUGUGCUGAAUACAUAACGAAUUUAAUACAUAUAUUCAUAUUUAAUUGAUUUGUAAAUGCAUUCUACAUAUAUUCAUGGAUUAAAUGGUUUUGUUAAUUUUGUCAUACA